AUGCAGCGCAAGCGGCGGCAGCAGCAGCAGCAGCAGCAGCAGCAGCAGCAGCAGCAGCAGCAGCAGCAGCAGCAGCAGCAGCAACAGGACGGGGACCAGCCGCCGCCCGGCCUUGCAGCGGCCCUGCGGCUCCAUGCCCUGCCGGUGCUGCUGCUGUGCCUUGAGGCGACCGCACCGCCCACCGACGCAAACGGCGUCAGCGGCGGCGGCGCCGCCAGCGAGCAGGAGCAGGAGCAGGAGCAGGAGCAGGAGCAGGAGCAGGAGGAGCAGGUGGCCGCGCUGUUGCCGAAGCUGCUGCCCGCGUCCGGAUGGGACCCGGGGGCCGAGGCGCAGGGCCAGGCGGGCGACCCGACGGUGACUGCGCAGCAGCAGGCAGACCUUGCAGCCUGGAUCGUGCGGCGCCAACUGGCGCGGCUGGCGCGGGGUGCCGAGCCUGCCGGUGAAUUGGGUGGCAGUUUGGAGGCGGUGGCGUCGGAGCAGCGGCUGGAGCUGCUGGGAAGCUUCCUGUCGGCCGCGUGCGCCACGCUGGCCGCGUGCUACCGCGCGCGCAGCCACCACUACCGUGGCAGCGACGAGGGAGGCGGCGACGAGGGGCUCGAAAGCUGCGUGUCGCGGCACGUGGAUGGGUGGUUGGGCGAUGCCCUUGCCGACUUGCCCGAUGAGGCCCGGGCCGGCCCCGGCUUCGCCCGCGUGCUGUCGGCUGCGCACCAGCUGGCGGUCGCGGCGCUGAAGCACCGCGCGCGCGCGGCGGCGGCGCUGCGGUCGCUGCGGCGGCUGCUCGCCGCGCUGCUGCCGUCGGGCAAGGGCGGCGGCGGCGAAGAGGCCGGCAGCGGCGGCAGCGAGGAGAGCGACGCUGAUGUGGCGGACAUUGAUGGCGCGCCAGGCAGCGGGGACGAGGAGGGGGAGGGCGGCGGUGGCGAGGGGGAGGGGGCCGAUUUGAUGUCCGACGGCGCAUCGGAUUCGGAGGACCUGGCAAGCGGCGGCGCCACGAGCAGCAGCGGUGGCGAGGGGGAGGAUGAGAAUGAGGAAGAGGGCGUGGCUGUCGGAGGCGCCGCGGCCGCGGACGCCGCGGGCGCGGACGACGACGGCAGCGCCGACGAGCCGCCGCCGCGGGUCGACAACCCCGAGGCGGCGGCGCUGGCGCUGCGGCUGCUGGAGUUGCUGCUGGCGCACUCCGCCUUCCUGCCCGCCAUGCUUGAUGGCAGCGCCGCUGGCGUCGGCGCGGUCCUCUGCGGCGAGGCGGCCGCGGGCGGCGAGCCGCCGCUGCCGGCGCCGCUGCCGGCGGCGCUCUCACGCGUCGCUGCGCCGCUGGGGUCGCUGCUGCCUGUCGUAGACGCGCUGCUGGCGCCUGCUGCCGCCGCGGAGCAGGACGGCGGGGGUCGUGGCGGCGGCGGCGGGGGCGGCAGUGAGGUCGGCGGCAGUGAGCGCGGGGCCGGGUUGAGUCUGAAGCGCGAGCUUGCUGUUUUGCUGGAGGUCCUGUUGGACUUGCGGCUCCAGUUCACACCAGAGGUUGGCGACGAGGCAGAUUUGGCGGAAGGCGGGGAGUCAGGAUCAGACCAAGACGGCGAGGGCGGCGGCGGCGGCGGAGGACCGGCCGCGGCUGUGGCAGAGGAGGAGCGGGUGCUGCGGCCGCUGCUGCGGGUGCUGCUGGCCGCAUACCACGGCACGCUGCACCCGACAGAUCGCGCCCUGCUCAGAGUGAUCUUGCGGGUCGACGCGGCGCUGUCAGGCGGCGGCGGCGGCGGCGGGGCAGGCGGCGCCGCGGCGGCGGCCGCGCUGCUGGGCGGCGCCGUCGCGUCCGAGACGGGGUUCAUGGUCGGCGCAGCCGCGAGGGCGCUGCUCGAGCGCCGCCAGGGCGGCGGCGGCGGCGGCGGCGGCACGGACGCGGCGGCGCGCGGGCGCCUGCUGCGGGAGCGCUUCGCGCCGGACCCGCUGCGCUGCGCGCUGACUGUCGCGCUGUUCCCGGACGACCGGCCCCUCAGCCCCUACGCCGCCGCCGCCCCCGACAAUGAUGACGAUGCCGGCCGCAACGCCGGCGGCGACGCGGCGGCGGCAGGCGCGGCGGCGGGCGCGGUGGGCGCGGCGUACGACCCCUGUGCGCUGCUGCCGCUGGCGGCGGCCGGUCUGCGGGACGGCGCGCUCGACGCGGCGACGUUUGCGGGGUGCGGGCUGCUGGGCGUGUGCCUGCGGGCCCUGGCCGCACGGGACGCGGCGAUCAGGGCGCUCGCGUACGAGGCGCUCGCCCUCUUUUCAUCGGCCCUGUCCGCCCCCGCCGCCGCCAGCAGCCGCGCGCUGCGCGACAAGCCGCAGCUCGAGGCGCUUCUCUCAUACGUGAGAAACGGCGUCUCCGCGCCGCUGCAGCGCCUGCCCGCCGCCGCUGCCGCGCUCGCCGCCGAGGCGUCGCUGCUGCUGCGCGCGCCGGGCGCGGCCGCGCACGGGUACGUGCGGCGGCUGCUGCUGCGGGCGCCGGCGGCGGACUUUGGGCGGCUGCCGUGGACGAUGCGGCUGCUGGCGGCCGGCGCGCAGCACCACAGGGCCGACCGGCAGUGGCUCCUGAGGAUGAUGUGGCUCGGCCUGAGGGGCCCCGAUGACGCGCGCAUGUACCGCCGGCAGUACGUCUGGGAGCAGCUCGCGGCGCUGUACCGCUCCCCAUCCAGCGAGUCCGCGUCCCUCGACCCGAUGGUCGAACAAAUCACCGCCCAGGCGUGCCGCAUCCCUGCCGCCGCCUCGCACCUCGUGCGCGCGUCGGGGCUGCUGCCGUUCCUCGCGGCGGCGGCGCGCGGCGGCGGCGGCGCGUGGGCGAUGGCGUGUUUGGAGGGGCUGCUGGCGCGCCGCAUCGGCCUGACGCGGCGGGAGGAUUCGGCGGCGGUGUUCGACGCCUAUCUCCAGGCCGCAUGCACCGUCGUGUCCCCCGUCGUGGCGGCCGCGACGCAGCCCGCUGACAGGCCCCAUGGCGCCUCGGAAGCGACGGCGCCCGGGGAGGCGGCUACGACGGUCGCGGCUGCGCUGCCGCGGGCGCUGCGCGUGCUGUGCCUGCUCGUGCGCGCGGCGCCGGGGCGGCGGGAGCUGCAGGGCGUGGGGCGGGCCCUCGUGGGACCGCGGCAGGCGGCGGCGCUGGUGCGGGCCGUGCAGUCGCUGCAGCCUGACACGCCCAGCGCCGGCGCCAGCACCGCGGCAGAGUGCGGUGCGCUGCUGAUGGCGCUGCUGCUGCACUUACUGCCGGCGGCGCCGGCGGCGGCCGGCACGGACCCGCCGGAGGACGCGCGGUGCGGCUUGGCGGCCGCGGAGUGGUUGGCGCAGGCGGUGCUUGAUUUCGGGCCGGCGGCGCCGCUGGGGCUGGAUUCAGUCUGUUGGGGGCAUGCGGGCGGAAGCGGCGGGGAUGGAGGGGAUGGCGGCGGGACUUCGCAGCAGAGCGGUGCCGCAGUGUCGGGCGACGCCCCUGCGGGGCUGCGGCUGAUAGUGUGGCUGGACCACUGGACCCAACAGCAGCAGCAGCAGCAGCAGCAGCAGCAGCUGCAGCCCGCGGAGGCCGCCGCCGCGCGCGUGGCACUGUGUGCUCACAGCGCAUAUGCGUCCCUGGCCUCGACCGCCGAGCUGAGCGCCGCGCGCGCGCCGCUGCUGCGUGCGAUGGCCGCGCUGCUGCUGCCCGGCGCGCCCGCCGGUGCCGCACGUAGCGUCGGCCUUGACAGCAAAGCGGUGGCGACCGCGCUUGCUGACUUGCAGGCGGGGGCGCAUGAGUCGCCGGAGGGUCGGCGGCGGUGGGAGGACGCCGUGACUGUAUUGCAGGGAUUGGCCGCCGGUAGAAGCUGA